UCCUCGGAUGAAACCAAGGGGUAGACCUGAAAUAUACCAAUGUACCCACUGUGAAUAUACAACAGCUACACAAAUAUGGUUCACCAGGCAUUUGAGAAAACAUACUAAUGAGAAACCAUACAAGUGUGAACACUGUAGUUAUGCUAGCAGCUAUAGAGGUAAUUUGAAGGUUCAUAUAAGAAAACACACUGGCGAAAAACCUUACAAAUGUGAGCUAUGUAGUUAUGCUAGCAGCCAUAAAAGUCAGUUGAAGGCUCAUCUAAAAAUACACACUGGUGAAAAACCUUACAAAUGUGCCCUGUGUAGUUAUGCUAGCAGCACUAAAGGUAAUUUGCAAGUUCAUCUAAGAAAACACACUGGUGAAAAACCUUACAAAUGUGAGCUAUGUAGUUAUGCUAGCAGCCAUAUAAGUUAUUUGAAAGUUCAUCUAAGAACACACACUGGCGACAAGCCUUACAAAUGCGAGCACUGUAGUUAUACUAGCAGCGAUAGUGGUAAUUUGAAGGUUCAUGUAAGAAAACACACUGGCGUAAAACCUUACAAGUGCAAGUACUGUAGUUAUGCAUGUGUAAAAAAAGCAAUAUUGAAUGUUCAUGUAAGAACACACACUGGCGACAAGCCUUACAAAUGCCACCAGUGUAGUUAUGCUAGCAGUCAUAAAAGUUGUUUGAAGGUUCAUCUAAGAAAACACACUGGUGAAAAACCUUACAAAUGUGAACUAUGUAGUUAUGCUAGCAGCCAUAAAAGUCAAUUGAAGCUUCAUAUAAAAAGACACACUGGCGACAAGCCUUACAAAUGUGAUCAUUGUAGUUAUGCUAGCAGUCUUAAAAAGUGUUUGAAGGCUCAUCUAAAAAGACACAUUGGCCAGAAGCCUCACAAAUGCCACCAGUGUAGUUAUGCUAGCAGCAAUAAAUCUAAUUUGCAAGUUCAUCUAAGAAAACACACUGGUGAAAAACCUUACAAAUGUGAGCUAUGUAGUUAUGCUAGCAGCCAUAUAAGUCAUUUGAAGGCUCAUCUAAAAACACACACUGGUGAAAAACCUUACAAAUGUGAGCAGUGUAGUUAUGCUAGCAUCCAGAAAGGUCAAUUGAAAGUUCAUCUAAGAACACACACUGGCGACAAGCCUUACAAAUGCCACCAGUGUAGUUAUGCUAGCAGUUAUAAAAGUGAUUUGAAGGUUCAUCUAAAAAGACACACUGGUGAAAAACUUUACAAAUGUGAGCAGUGUAGUUAUGCUAGCAUCCAGAAAGGUCAAUUGAAAGUUCAUCUAAAAACACACACUGAUGAAAAACCUUACAAAUGCCACCAGUGUAGUUAUGCUAGCAGCCAUAAAAGUCAUUUGAAGGCUCAUCUAAAAAGACACACUGGUGAAAAACUUUACAAAUGUGAGCAGUGUAGUUUUGCUAGUACCCACAAAGGAAAUUUGAAUGCUCAUGUAAGAACACACACUGGUCACAAGCCUUACAAAUGUGAACAGUGUAGUUAUGCUAGCCGUACUAAAGGUUCUUUGAAGGUUCAUCUAAGUAGAAUCCAUUUAAAGAAACACACUGGAGAGAAACAAUACAAAUGUGGCCACUGCAGCUAUGCUAGUGAUGACAGAGAUGUUGUACGAAAACAUGAAAUUAUACACGAUGAUGAAAAGCAUCACACUGGAGAGAAACAAUACAAAUGUGGUCACUGCAGCUAUGCUAGUGAUGACAAAGAUGCUGUACGAAAACAUGAAAUUAUACACGAUGAUGAAAAGCGUCACACUGGCGAAAAACAAUACAAAUGUGGUCACUGCAGCUAUGCUAGUGAUGACAAAGAUGCUGUACGAAAACAUGAAAUUAUACACGAUGAUGAAAAGCGUCACAAAUGUGGCCAGUGUAAUUAUGCUACCAUUUAUAAAAUAAAUUUACAGAACCAUAAAUGCACACAUCCUGUUGAGAUACUUCACAAGAGACGCACAGAUCUCGAAGGGCAGCACAAAGAGUUAAAGUAUGGUGGAGCAGCGGCCAGCAGCAGGCGGCCCUCGCUCGCCGCGCACGGCGACGCGCGUGACGCCGCGCACGACCACACUUACAGCGCCGCUCCUCCAGGCCUCGAGAGCGGCCUCGACGUGUCGGAGGCGGAGACCAAGAGAAAGACAGACGAAGAAACGACCGCAUCGUUAUACACCGGAUAGGUCUUGAUGCCAUCACGAUAAUAGUAGAAUAAGGUCUAUCUUUAGAAAAACGCAGCCAUAGUUACACUGACCUAUUUAUUAUUACACUGUAGGUUUUGUAAUGUUUUAGGAACGAUCAAAGAAUUUAAUUUCCUCCCCAUUUUCUACAUUGUCACAGUGACAAUAGUAUGAGGUCUCUAGCGACUUUCAUAUUGAUUGUCACUGUGACAAGGUACGAAAGCGUCGGUAAUUUAAUUCUUUCACUGUUCCUUGUCUACAUACUACAAGUUGCCUCCAGAAACUCGCGAACUAAAUUGACAUGAGUUUGACAAAUAAAAUGAUACCAGGAAUAGCAAAGAAAAAAUAGUCACGGGUAUAUGUCGAUAAAUUGAUAUCGAUAAAUAAGAUGCACUUACUACCCAUGUGAUAAUUAUAAAGGGGUCACAAACGAUUUCGAUUUGUAUGAAUAUGACGAGAAAAGUGGUUGAUUCGAUUGUAAGAUUGUGACGUUACCAAUCAAAUCAGGAGGUGCGGAUGUGAAACUGACAAAUUUAAAUGUUAAGACGAAACAGGAGCUGAGUUUCAAGUAUUUUAGGUAAAUAUACCCAUCUCGCUAACGGAAGCGGCUCCUAAAACUAAGUGCGAUAAGGACAAGGCGAAAAAUCCUGCGUUUAAAUCUCGAAAAUCGAGGUUUCGUACUCGACUGUUUCCUCCUCCAAACCGUAACUAAUCGUAACCAAAUUUGGAAAUCUAAAUGAUUAUGAAAUUAUCUGCGCCGGACCGUUUUGCUUUUUUGGCUAAUUGAUAUCCCACCAAAAACAUAAAUGUAAAAAAGGAGAGCCAAGUUCAAUACAAAAAUUAUGCUUGGCUGUGGGGCUCGCC